UUCGUGACACAUGCUUACAGGCAACAUGGCGGUUGUUUCUUGAACGACAAGAAAACUAAAACACUGUAUUGUUCUUUAGUACCUGAGCGUCUUUUUAAGCUAAAAAUAUUGUUGGGAUAAUGCCUUUAUCAAGAGAAGAAGCUUAUGAGCUCUUAGAAUUACCCGUUGGUACAGAUCAAGAUUCUAUACGAACUAGUUAUAAACGUUUGGCAACAAAAUGGCAUCCAGACAAAAAUAUUAAUAACCCUCAAGCACAAAAAAAAUUUCAGCUAAUAAGUACUGCUUAUAGAAGAUUAACUACAAAUGAUGAACGUCUUCAAAAUUUAAAUAAGGAACAGUCAUUAACAUUAUUUAAAGAAGUUUUAUUUACAAAAUCUAUGAAUUUUCAUAAUGGUUCAACAUAUGAUUCAUCAGAUGAUGAUGAUGACGACGAUGAUGAUGAUGACAACGAUAAUGAUGAAUUUGACGAUGAAAGAUAUGCCAGCUUAUUUCCUGAUAGAUUUAAAUUAAAACAAGAUUUGAAAAAAGCUAAAGCAGGUACAAUUAACAGUAAUAAACAUUUAUCUGUAGAACAAAUAAAUAAAAAUGCAGAAGAAUUAAUAACUGAAGAAGAAAAAGAAAAAAGAAGAGCAGAAAAACGUAGAGCUAAGAAAAAGAGAAGAAGAGAGAAAAAGAAACAAGAAAAAGUGGAUGAUAAACCAGUAGAAAAUACUCAGAAAACAAAAGUAAAGGAUUCUAUAGAAAUUCCUGAAAAACCUAAUAAACCUAAAAAAGUAGAAAAAAAAGAAUCUGAUUCAUCAUCUGAUGGAGCGGAUUUUGAUCCUAAUUCUGCAUUUUUUACAAAAGUUAAAAAUAAAAAGAAAAACAAAAUGUCAUCUGUAGAUGUAAAAGAUAGACGAGGACAGGGAGGUAACUCAGAUGAUGAACCUGAUGACCUUGACCCUGUUGUUUUACGAAGUCGUCAGUUAGCUAUAAAAGGUAACGAGAUGGCUCAACAAGGUCAUUAUACUGCAGCUAUAGAACUUUUUACAGAAGCUGUUAAAUUAGACCCUCGUGAUUUUAGAUUUUUUGGAAAUAGAUCUUACUGUUUCGAUAGAACUCAACAAUAUGAAAGGGCAUUAAAAGACGCAGAAAAUGCGAUACGUUUAGCUGACAAGUGGGCAAAAGGAUAUUUUAGAAAAGGAAGAGCUUUAGCAGGGCUCCGGAUGUUUUCUGAAGCAGAAGAAGCUUUUUCUCAAGUUUUAAAAUUAGAUAAAAAUUGUGAAGAUGCUGUACAGGAACUUUUACGUGUCAGAACUUCACAAAUAAAAGAAAUGGGUUUUUCUAAAGCCCAAUCUGAGGCAGCAAUUAAACAAUAUGGUACUGUUCAGUCAGCACUAGAUAAUUUACUGGCAGGUGUAGCUGAAAAUGUUUUAGGAGGAGAAGUUUAUGUUUCAGAUGAUGAAUCAGGAUUUUCUUCACCAGUAACUCAAAGAGUACAUCAACUUAAUAAAGGGAAAGAUGAAAAAAUGGAUUUUAAAAAUCCAGAAGGCCUUACUGCUUUAUGGGUAGGAAAUGUUCUUCCAGACAAAGUUGACGAUAAAAAAUUAUUUAAAAUUUUUUCAAGGUAUGGCAGUGUAACGAGUGUACGAUGUUUACCCGAAAAAUUUUGUGCUUUUAUAAAUUAUUCAACAAAAGAAGCAGCAGGGAAGGCCAUGCAUCAUUUACAGGCAUAUGAAUGUGGUGGCCAAAAACUAUUAAUAAAAUUUCCUGACAACCCUAUAGUAAAUGGAACUGGAAAUACUACUAUACGAAAAUCAAAUCCUCAUGGUACUAUUAUUCUUCAAAAAUCAAAACAACCACCAACUAAAGUCGUACAGCAGCCGACCCCAACUGCACAAGAGAUUCAGAAACAGUCUGGCCCUGUCAAUGGUGAUGAAUGCUAUUUUUGGAGAACUACAGGAUGCUCUUUUGGUGACAAAUGUCGGAAUAAGCAUAACCCUUCAAGCAAAGGAUUAGAUAUGAAGCCUUGGCAAUUAAAGAAAUAGACAAAAAAGUUAAUAAGAAAUCUCUUUCUGCUUUCCCUUUAAAUGAAUUUGAGUUCUGUAAUAUUAUGUCAAAUGUACAAGAAAUACAAUUUUCAAAAAAAAAA